CUGAUGAGGCAAGAAGAAAGUUCGUCUGAUAUCCGAGGAGGAAUUUGCGGCGGUGGUUAAGAACCGUGCAGAGUAUCAGCACCAAGUUGUUGCCUGCUGAAAACGGGAAACAUGCGAUGUACAAUUGUACGAGCGUGGCAUCAUACAUUCGAACUUUGGAUCACUAUCUUCCAGAUGUUGGACCAGUCAAGCGAGCCCGUAGUAUUUAAGCUGGACGCAGCUCGAGUCUUUACAUCCCAUCUACCGGUAUCCAUAUCUCAACAGAAUUCGGAUUCUACAGAGACCUUCGUGUGACGAGGCGACGAGGGGAUUCUCCAAGUGAGGAGAGGAGUCAUGGCAGCCCUUGCAAGAGUUGGAGCUACACCAUUGGCUUUGGCGAUGUUUUCAGUAUGGAUUUGUAUACUAAUGCUGCAAGGUGUACUCACCGAUGCACGGACGAGUCCAGCUGACGAGUCCAGCUCGGGCAAAGCCGACAAUGUGGCUCACCCGGCAUCUUGGACGCACCACUCAGAGCAAUGCACGUACACGGUGGUCACGCACACAGGGAACAUCGAGUUCGCGGGGACGGACGCGGAUGUGAACGUGGAGUUUUUCAACAAGAUGGGGCAGUCGGUGUUGUUCGUGGAUCUGAACUCGGGCCAGGACAAUUUCCUCAGAGGACAGACCGACACGUUCACGAUGGUGGGCAAGUGCGUGUUCGACAUCUGCAAGAUCCACCUGUCUCACGACAACGCAGGCGUGAAUCCGAGCUGGUUCGUGAACUCGGUCAGCGUCUCCAUGGACUUCGAAGCCGUCGUUUUCAACAUCUACGAAUGGUUGGCCAAGGACGAGCCCCCUUACACCCUUUCCUACAUCGGCAACCAAUGCGCCUGAGCUCUGCUCAGCCAUUCAGUCAGUCAGUCAAUCAAUCAGUCGGCCCCUAUUCUCCCGAGCUCCAUUUUCUCCGUCUGCGAGCCAGCUCCUUAAAUUCUUAUCCCCCCUUCAGACAUGGACUUCGUGCUCGAAACUCGAUCGAAUUUCAAUAUAUAUGCUCUCUCUCUCUCUCUCUUCCUUCUCCCAUCUAUGGCUAUGGCACGAAGAAGCCAGGAUGUUCUAGAACAAUAACUCGGUCUACUUGCCUCCGAUAUCUUUAGGCAAGAGAAUAAGAAUAAGAAAUUGUAGCGCAGGGAUUUUGUACAAUUCGUUCGUGCAUCCCGGGGGCGAUCGUAGGAUGGUAAAAGCGUAUGUAUGCCCACGCACUUGGGACGCAACCACUCUCUCUCUCUCUGAAUCCAGUGCAUGAAGCAAGACUCGUCUCGUACACCACGUGCAUGAGAGAACAGAACAGAAUAGAACAGAGCAGAAGAGAUCAGACGUAGCGUGCCACUGGGAGCUGCAAAUGGCAGUACGAUGAACAAUUUCAGGUUCGGCAGAAAAGAAAAGGUUGCACCUUUGUUGCAAAGAGUGGCCCGAAGCGUGGGAUGUGCUCGAGUCGGCUCGAUAGAUACAUUGAUAGAUAGAUAGAAAGAGGUGCACUUGUGGCAACCGGAGCUAUGAAUAAAGAAAUCCUGGAUUGCGAG